CGUCUGUAGCUAGCUUGUUCUCGAGUGUGCUGCACUGACAGACUGUGCGUGCAAGAGUGAUCUUUUUGUAAGACGUCCUCCGUCGGUCUCGGAUCUAACAUAAGAACACCAGCGGCUGAGAAUCAAGGUACAGGAGCGAGCUAGAGUACUGUAGUGCCGUGUAACAUAUCCCGACCAACAUAUCCCGACCUAGUGAGGCCGUUUGAGCACCAGAGUGAAGCCCUAUCGCGUCGCAGACACAGACGAUCCCUCUUCAGUCUUGUCUGAGCUCUUGAGAGCAGACGUGCGAAGGCACGCGUUCAGCGCUCGCAGACACUCGAGCCUAGCUUGAGGCGGUGGCGAUCGAUCGACGAGGACUCGACUCCUCCCGGCUCGGCCGCGUACGGACAAGAUGAAGAAGGGAAAAGAAUGGUCGCAGACGGGUACGAUGAUCAAGAAGCCGGAUCGCGGCUGGCUGCAUCCGGACCGAGCCAUUACGGACGGUGGCGGAGUCUGCUAUUGCGUUCGGUACAUUGGAUGUAUGCAGAUCCUACGCUCCAUGAGGACGCUGAGAUUUGAGGAGCGCACACAGGUGACCCGGGAAGCCAUAACACGUACCAUCGAGGCGUCCGGUGUUCGCGGCCAGAAGAAGAGAAAGGUGUCCAAGAACGUCACCAAGAUCUUGGGUGGACGGCCAGUGGUGAACAGAGCUGGCACCACUAUCAACCUGACGAUCGGCAUUGAGGGCCUGCAGCUGGCUGUGGUCGACACAGGCGAGGUGCUGGCUCAUCAUGCGAUGCCCUCAAUCUCAUUUGCUACCGGCGGAGAGAGAGAAUUUGUGGACUUCAUCGGAUACGUGGCUAAGGAUCCCAUCUAUGAUCGAGCUUGCCACACAUUCGAUUGCGGUGAUCUCGCGUUCGACGUCAUCACCACCAUUGGUCAGGCGUUCGAGCUGCGCUACAAGAGAUUCCUACAGCAGCCCAAGGCACAGCCCAUGCAGGUCGAGAACCAGUUUGGUACAGCUGGUGGACAGCUCGGCUAUGGAUUCGACGAAGAGAACCAUGCCUACUCGGAGGCACCGCACCAAGCCCAAGCACAGCGGGUGGCUGUAGCGGGAGCAGCCGUAGCCAGCAAGCCACCGCCGCAGCCGGUCAACCCAUACUCGCAGGCGGCGCCCGUCAAUCCCUACGACAACCCGAUGAGCGGACCGCCCAUGGGCCAGGCCGUGCCCAAUCCGUACGACAAUCCGCGCCAGGGUGCCGGCGGUCCGGUGGGUGGUGGUUUUGACGCCAUGGCAGCGGGAGCGGCAGUGGUCGGCUUCACCAACACGGCCGCGCACUACGACAACCCCAACCUGUUCAAUCCCGACGCAGACGAUGACCACAGUCAGCUGCUGGCCAACAUGGGAUCUUCGUCGGCCAUGUACGACAACACGGACAAGAAGGACGUGGACUUUGACGACCACAUCACCAAGGAGAAGGAGGAGGCGCUGGCUCUCUACGACAAUCACGCACCACGGCAAGCGGCUGUGUUGCCACCGGCACAAACACAGGUGGCGCAACCGGGUGGCUUCGACGACGCCGUCUACGACAACGCCAAGGCAACCGCCCCCGCCAACGUCUUCGGCAUGCAACAAAUGGCUCAACAGCUGCCGGCCCAGCCGCCGACCGAUCCCAACAGCCUGCAGGCCCAGGACUGGUUCCACGGGCAGAUUCCGCGCGAGGAAGCCGAGGGCAUUCUGGAGGAGGACGGCGAGUUCUUGGUGCGUGAGAGCACCACACAGGCCGGACAGUUCGUCCUCACCGGCAUGGAGGGCGGCGUCAUCAAGCACCUGCUCCUCGUCGACCCCGAAGGAACGGUGCGUACAAAGGACAAGGUGUUUGCCAGCGUUCCUGACUUGAUCCACUAUCAUAUUGAGCACAAUCUCCCGAUUGUCUCCGCCGGUAGCUCUCUGCGCCUUGGCACUGCUGUGGUCGUGGACACUGAAGAGUAAGGAGUGUGCUGGCUACAGAGCAGCUUGGCGUCAUCGGAUUCCAUUGGAGCAAUCCGAUUUGGGCACGUGCACUCUGGUGGAUUCUGUUGGACUCAUCGCAUUCCGGUGGAGUGGCAGCGAGAUCUGCUGGUACCGGUUUCCAGUGAACGUGUACACCCAGUGAUGCUAUACAGAGCUAUCUCCUGCUUGUGUUUGUACUGCUAGUGUAUCUAUUGAACAUGGUCUGAUUGAGCUGUUUGUACCAUGUUGAUAAACAUUCAUGAGGGUAUGGCGGUCGGUCUCAACGCCAGGGAUGUCAGUAAGAAACCCUGGUAAAAGAUCACAAUCUCCCGGUCUGGCCUCGCACACCGAUUUUCGUCUUUGCCGUUCAUCCAUAAUUCCACUGCUUUCGUUUUCUUUCCCACAUUUUUACACCCGCACCUAGAAUUGUGUCAACAAAAAUGUGCACUUCGGAACCGGCCGCGUAACUUUCAUUUAUCUCCUAUACAUCAUGUAUCAGCGAUGCAUCCCAACAAAUGGCAACAAUAAUAAUAUUAUUUUAUUUUAUUAUUGCUCCUAUAGUAGUACUACAUGUGCCCAAUUUGAAAAAUAGCUCAGGAUUUUGGUGUGCCCGUUAAAAAUGUGUUCUUCAAGGCUGGCAUGUCCUCGACUCCCGACUGCAUGUACUGUAGUCCCAUGAGUCAGAGCAAUGGUUCACCAUGUGUUAUGUCUAUGCAUGCGGUGCACGACCAUCACCCAUAGUUAUCUUAUUAUGACUCCCCCCCCCCCCCCACUAGUUGUAUUCAUAUUGCGCAUGCUUGAAGAGAACGUGGUCUUUUCCUUGUGGUGUACUUGGAGUGCGUUGUGGAAUCAUGGAGUCAUUAGUCCGCGACAUUACACCAUGUAAAGAACAUUUUUUCCGCAAAUUUGA